AUGGCCGGCUUUCGAUUCUAUACUCGCCGAUUGCGGGCCUUGAUAUCUGCGGCUACCAUUCAGGUAAUUCUCAUACUCUUCCUUAUACUUUUACUCGUCAGAUUCGUUCUUCACAACAAUCAUGAUCCGGAGCCACUUCCACCCAUGCCGGGUCCGAUAACAACAGUUGAUGAUCCUGCAAUUGACUGGUUUAAAUUCGCAUAUGUUCAAUAUGUCACCUCGCCCGAAUAUCUCUGUAGCGCUCUCAUGCUCUGGUCUCAGGUCGAGACAAUCGGUAGUCGUGCUCAACGACUAAUGUUAUAUCCUUCGCAUUGGAUACUCGAAGAAACCGAUGAUACUCUCCCUUCCAAACCUCUCACACCCAUUGCCCGACUGUUGAAACAGGUGCAAACGGAUUAUUACGUUAAGCUUCAACCGGUGGAGGUUUUACAUCAGAACCACACGGAUCGAGCAAUAUGGUCAGAUUCAUACACCAAACUUCUAGCCUUCAACCUCACGCAUAACCUAUUUCAACAAGUCGAAUCUGCUGUGCAGCAUGUCGGACCAAAUGAAUAUGACAUGGAUAUCCUGAAUGCUCUCUUCGCACCACACAUUCUAGCCAUGCCACCACGACCAUACCACCUUCUCUCGAGUGAAUUUCGUCGCAAAUCACAUAAGGAAUAUUUGGGUGAUGCGAAAGAACUUUGGGAUCCAGGUGAGAUAUUGGCAGAAGCAAAAUAUAUGCAUUUUUCCGAUUGGCCCAUCCCAAAACCGUGGAUCAGAGCCACGAAAGAGGAAUUGAAUAAAUAUAUGCCGGAAUGUGGGGAAAAUGAAUGGUUUGGAGCGACGGAUUGUAGGGAUAGGACAAUUUGGUUGGGUUUGUAUGGGAUGUUUGCGAGGAGGAGAAAGGAGGUUUGUGGGGUGGGGUUUGAGUUACAACAGAGAGUUUUGAUUGGUGAUAAGGGGUUUAAGGGUUUGAAGGGUGAGGUGGGUGUUGAAGGAUUGGUAUAG